UCUUGUAUGUUCUUUCCGACCGGGCCUGAAUUAGUGGUUCUAUACCAUAAGUUAUUUAAACAUGUUUUAAUUUGAACUUUAUCAUUCAAUUUCGUAAAAAAGUAUGUUAUGCACUUGAGCUGCAAAGAUAUCCAGAUGGAGUAACAGCGAUAGAUGCAAAUGAUAAGUGUGGCGCAUCUGGUCUAGAAAAUGAUCCUUUAGUUUUGACGAGGAUGUCACAAUUGCAUGGCCAUGAAUUUUGGACAGGGCUUGGUAAAUUUAUACAGUUUACUCGUUGGAUAGAAACUCUGGGUUGUUUUCCGUUGACCAAGGACCCAAGUACUAAAAAAAUCGUGACAUCAGUCGGAUUGUGUCAACGAGAAUGUUCAACAAAUGGAUAUUUCAGUUAUAAUAAAGAAGACAGUGCAUGUUCCUGCUUAAACAACAACGACGUACAAUUCACCAAUGCUACAAACCUUUCUUCGUGCCUACAAAAACCUACUAAAGCAGCAUUAGUAUAUCAGGUUUAUAAUGGUACAACAAUAAGAUCUGGAACCAAUAAUGGACUUUGUACGACAUUGACAUGCACUCCUCCCAAUGUUGUACAUGUAAAAGCAACCAGCUGUAAAGGCGAUAACUCGAUUAAAGGUGUAUGUGGUUAUCAAUGA